GAACUUUGACACAAGUUUCACUGAACCGCUCAACGCAGUCGCCUCCUCGGGAGACGGAAAACAAAAUGUACAUCUGGUUGACAGUUGUCGCCGGACUGGCUCUCGCGUCCUUCUCAUUCCUCAGGACAUGUUUCCCCCACUUCCACGAGGACGGCGCGUACAUCCUGGCGAGCCUGAGACUCUGCUUGAGGCUCAUCAAGUACAAGAAGAGCAAACCGUUCUACAGCGUGCUGGACCACUUCUUGGACGCGGCGAAGAAGCAUCCCAGCAAGGUCCUGCUGCACUUCGAAGGGCGCGAGUACACCUACGGAGAGGUGGACCGGCAGAGCAACAAGGUGGCGCGCGCGCUGCAGGCCGAGGGCCGGCUGAAGGAGGGGGACGCGGUCGCCCUGUUUCUGGCCAACGAGCCCUGCUUCGUGUGGACGUGGGUCGGCGUGGCCAAGCUGGGCUGCUCGGCCGCUCUGCUCAACGUUAACAUCAGGUCCAAGUCGCUGCUGCACUGCUUCUCGUGCUGCGGGGCCAAAGUGAUCAUCGCGUCCAAAGAGCUGGAGGGCGCCCUGGAGGAGGUGCUACCCACGCUGCGGGAGCAGGGCAUCGCCGUGUACCUCCUGUCGGAGACCUGCGGCGUCCAGGGCAUCAACGCCUUGUCCGACAAGAUCGCCAAGGCCUCCGAUGAGCCGAUGUCCCGGGACCUGAGGGCCGGCGUCACCAUCAGGAGCACCGCUUUGUACAUCUACACGUCGGGAACCACAGGUUUGCCUAAAGCAGCCGUUGUGACCCAUGAGAGGAUUUGGACCGCCUGCCUCAUUCAGGCGAUAUGCGGAGUCACGUCAGAGGACGUCUUCUACAUCAAUCUGCCCCUUUAUCACAGCGCAGGCUUCGUCAUCGGGAUGAUUGGAGGCAUGGAGAGAGGUUUAACCAUCGUCCUGAGGAGAAAGUUCUCUGCCUCUCAGUUCUGGGAUGACUGCAGGAAGUAUGACGUGACGGUGAUACAGUACAUCGGUGAAACCAUGCGCUACCUCUGCAACACGCCCGUCAAAGACGACGAUAAGCGCCACAAAGUGAGGAUCGCCAUUGGCAACGGGGUGCGGCCGGACAUUUGGACCGAGUUUCUGAAUCGCUUCGGGGACAUUAAAGUCAGAGAGCUGUACGCUGCCACGGAGGGAAACAUCGGCUUCAUCAAUUACACGUCCAAAAUCGGGGCAGUGGGACGUAUUAAUUUCGUCCACAGGUAUUUCUUCCCGUACACUUUGAUCAAGUUUGACAUGGAGAAGGAGGAGCCUGUGAGGAACUCUGAGGGUCUGUGCAUCGAGGCGGCCACAGGUGAGACGGGACUUUUGGUUGGCAUGGUUACUCACAGGUCGCCCUUCGUCGGCUACGCUGGCAACGAGCAACAGACUGAGAAGAAGAGGCUUCGCAAUGUGAUGAAGAAAGGAGACCUGUACUUCAACACUGGAGAUCUACUUCGGGUCGAUGACAUGAACUUUGUGUACUUUCAGGAUCGAGUUGGUGACACUUUCAGAUGGAAAGGAGAAAACGUCGCCACGACGGAGGUUGCAGACAUUCUCACAAUGGCUGACUGCCUUUUUGAGGCAAAUGUCUACGGUGUUAAAGUUGAAGGUCACGAGGGUCGGAUCGGCAUGGCAGCUGUCACUCUGAAAGAAGGAGAAAACUUUGACUGUUUGCACAUUUAUAAACUGGUCGUCAACUACCUGCCGGCGUACGCGAGGCCCCGAUUCAUCAGGAUUCAGUCCUGCAUGGAGAUGACGGGGACAUUCAAGAUGAAGAAAGGGAAGUUGGUGGAGGAGGGAUUCAACCCGACCAACAUCAAAGAUCCUUUAUACUUUUUAGAUCCAGAGAAAAAGACGUAUGUUCCGCUGACUGAAGACAUCUACAGAGCGAUAGCUCGUCGGGAAAUUAAACUCUAACACGUUUUAAAGUAGCAAGUACUGAACCAGGCAACCAUUUCUUUUUU